GUUUUGAGUCGGCUUUUCUCCCGCCUUGUGUGUGAGGCGAGAUUCUCUGGAAUACGCGAUUUUCGACGCCGAGAGCUUUUCUUGAAGGCUCGACUGUACUCAUAUACUACUCUUCAACGAUGUCGAGCAACGAUUUCUACGUGCGGUACUACGUCGGCCACAAGGGGAAAUUCGGUCAUGAAUUCCUGGAGUUCGAGUUCAGACCCGAUGGUAAACUGCGGUACGCGAACAACUCCAACUACAAAAAUGACACAAUCAUCCGCAAAGAAGUAUAUGUGAGUGGAUCCGUGAUGGCUGAACUACGGAGAAUCAUUGAGGACUCAGAAAUCAUGCAGGAGGACGAUAGCGAUUGGCCGGUCCCCGAUCGCGUCGGUCGUCAGGAACUCGAGAUCGUUCUGGGCGACGAGCAUGUCUCGUUCACGACUUCGAAAAUCGGAAGUCUCGCGGACGUCACAAACAGCGAUGAUGUCGAAGGUCUCCGUUGCUUCUACUACCUUGUACAGGAUCUGAAAUGCAUGGUUUUCUCCCUCAUUGGCCUGCAUUUCAAGAUCAAACCCAUCUAAAUAUUCAGUGUAAAUAAUAAACGCAUGCAUCGCCAGUCGCCGAUGUCGCAUGCAUCACAUUUCUCACAGUUUCGCUCGGUCUGUUCAUAAAAGAAAAUUCCGUUUUAUACUCAAA